CUACGACCCCCUGGAGUGGAGGCGGGGUCUUGCUCAGGGCAGGCCUCUGUUGGCUUAAACCCUGAGUGCUGGGUGCUGACCAAGACAGGCAGCAGAAGGGUCUGGCAGGACUUGGAGAAGGUGCGGACUGGAGGGCUGAGCCCUGUUUAGGAGGAAAGCAAGGUUUGUGGAGCGAGUCUGUCCUUGCAGAGAUGCCAGGCAAACAGUCUGACGAAGAGCUGGCAGAAGUGGAGGCUGGGGAGGAUGGAGGUGACGAGGGUAUGGGGGGCCUGACUGCAGAGGAACUCCAACAGGGCCAGGAGACUGCCCUGGCACUGGAGGACAUGAUGGCGCUGAGUGCCCAGACCCUGGUCCAAGCCGAGGUGGACGAGCUCUACCAGCAAGUACGUCCCCUGGGCCAGGGCCGCUUUGGCUGUGUCCUGCUGGUUACCCAUCGACAGAAAGGCACACCGCUGGCACUGAAGCGGCUCCCCAAGACUUCCACAUCCCUACGGGGGUUUCUGUAUGAGUUCUGUGUGGGCCUCUCACUGGGUGUGCAUUCUGCCAUCGUGACAGCCUAUGGCAUCGGCCUUGAGUCAGUCAACUGCUACAGCUUCCUGAUGGAGCCCAUUCUGCAUGGGGACCUCAUGGCCUUCAUCCAGCCCAAGGUAGGCCUCCCACAGUCUGCAGCCCAGCGCUGUGCAACCCAGCUGGCCUCCGCCCUGGAGCACAUCCACUCCCUGGGUCUGGUGUACCGGGACAUCAAACCAGAGAAUGUGCUUGUGUGCGACCCUGAUUGCCAGCACUUCAAGCUGACUGACUUCGGACACACACGGCCCCGUGGGACCCUGCUCCGUCUGGCUGGACCACCCAUCCCCUACACAGCCCCGGAGCUCUGUGCACCCCCGCCACUGCCUGAGGGCCUGCCCAUUCAGCCCGCCCUGGACGCCUGGGCCCUGGGAGUCCUGGUCUUCUGCCUACUCACUGGCUACUUCCCCUGGGAUCAGCCCCUGGCUGAGGCCGACCCCUUCUAUGAGGACUUCCUCAUCUGGCAGGCCUCAGGCCAGCCCCAGGACCGACCACAGCCCUGGUUCGGUCUGACACCUGAGGCAGACACUCUUCUGUGGGGGCUGCUGGACCCUCAUCCCCGAAGAAGGAGCCCUGUGAGCUCCAUCAGGGGCCACCUAGGUUUCCCCUGGAGACAGUAGGAGGGGGAGGCUGGGGGGGAAGUGGGUCCCAGGUUCUGAGACUUCCUCAGCCCCACUGGGCAACUCUCGGUUUCUCAUCUGCCUGUUUCCAUCUCUCGCUCAUGAUUUCCCCUCUGUGCCCUCCUGCCUCUCCUGUCUCUGCUUUUUUGGACCCUUUGCACUUGCUGUGCCCUUUGCCUGGCAUGCUCCAGGUUCACCCCGUCACCUCCUGCUGCCCCUGCUCCUUCCUUUCUGUGAUAUGCAUCCCCUUCUACUCAUAGGAUUUAUUUGUGGGGGGUAUUUUGUGAGCUCCUGGGGGGCAGGGGUCUUUGCCUGUCCUGUUUGCUGAGAGUCCAUUGAAGGGGGUCUGUCAUGGCCUCCCCUCUGAGUGCCUCCCACACUCUUCAUCUCCGUCUUCUGCCCUCUCCCAGGUCUCUCUCCUGCCUGCACCCUGCCGACCUGCCCUGGAUGCAGGGAGCUUUGCCUUCUCCCAUCCCAGCUGCUCUCCGCAAAUAAAGUCCAUCUGG